UUAAGUUUUCGUUUAUUAUGCCCAUCUGAGAGAGUUGGAAAUGUGAUUGGAAAAGGAGGAGUAGUAGUAAAGGCUCUUCAGCAAGAGACAGGCUGUGACAUCAAAGUUAUUGAAAGUGCCUUGGACCCAGACGAUCGCAUUAUACUUGUAACUGGUCCUGCGAAUCCAGAUGACAGAAUAUCACCUGUACAAGAUGCUGUUUUUCGCGUUCAGGCCAGGAUUGUCAAGGCUGUACCAGACAGCAAGGAGCAGAACUUGGUGGCUAGGUUUCUUGUUUACUCCAAUCAAAUUGGUUGUCUUCUUGGGAAAGGUGGCUCCAUCAUAGCUGAAAUGAGAAAGUCGACUGGUGCAUAUAUUCGUAUUUUAGGAAAGGAGCAGGUCCCAAAGUGUGUUGGUGAAGAUGAAGAA